GGUAAUGUUUUCGUUUUGCGUUAGACAGCUGUUAUUCUUUUUCUCUGUUGUAAAAGCAGGGAACGACGAGAAGGCGUGGAACGACCCGCCGGUGUUCGCGUACACGGAGGUGCAAGGCACCCCCGCGGCUGCACCGAAGAAGCGGACGCCACUGAACAAACGAGUGCCCUUCCCGCAGGAAGGCCUGCCGCCGACCACGCCUGCCGCCACCCUAGGUUCAGCACCUAUCGGAAUACCACCAUUGAACCCCUGUGCAUUGGAGGCAAGGGAUGUGUCCUCUGGAGCGGGGACUUCACAGCCAUCUCCCAGCGAACAGCCGCCCAACACUGGCUCCGCCUCCGAUGAACUGAAGAAGGAAACAUUCGAGAACCUUGAGAUAAUAAUGUCCAAGUUUUUUGAUGGCAUAGAGAAGCGUAGACAGGAGGAUGUAAAAAAGCGUCUCGACCUGCUCAGGCAGGCUUGGGAGCAGGGAAGUCUCAGUACCCCCGUCCAACACAAGAUGCGGGAGUUGACAUCAGAAUUGUGCAGCGGAAACUGCGAGAAAGCAAACACACUUCACGUUUCUCUUAUGGUCGAUUACGUCAGUGAGGUGAGCCAGUGGAUGGUUGGCAUCAAACAGCUCAUUGUUGCUGCCCAGCUAACACCAGGGGAAUUGUCACCAGCCGGUGUUGACACCGAAGCCUCCUGACACCGAAACUUCCAGCACACAUAAAAGAAUGCCACCGGUUACGUCAAUA